AGGUUAGGUUAGUGGGAUCUGGGUUUCUAGAAGGGUCUAUGAGGGCUAGAUUUUUAACAGUCAAAAAGUCAACCACAAGAAGCCUACAAAGCGACAAGCUAGCUUGUCGGAUUGCAAGAGCCAAGAUGGCGGAGGAGAGGGAGAUUACCCUGCGCCGGUUCGACCUCUCGGACCUCGACGACUACAUGGUGUGGGCGUCCGACGACAGGGUGACCGCCUUCUGCCGGUGGGACAGCUACACCGACAAGGAGGACCUCCGCCGGUACAUGCGGGAGACGGUGCUCCCCCACCCGUGGUUCAGGGCCAUAUGCCUCGGCGGGCGGCCCAUCGGCGCCCUGUCGGUGGACCUGGGCGUCGGCUGCGACCGCUGCAAGGGGGAGCUGGGCUACGUGCUGGCGACCGCCCACUGGGGCCGAGGCUACGCGACGGCGGCGGUGAAGAUGGCGGUCCGAUCCGUGUUCCAGGAGGUGGAGGGGUUGGAGCGGGUGGAGGCGCUGGUGGACGUGGACAACAAGGGGUCUCAGAGAGUGCUGGAGAAGGCGGGGUUUGUGAGGGAAGGGGUGCUGAGGAAGUCGAUGGUGUCCAAGGGGAGGACGAGGGACUUGGUCAUGUUUAGCUUCAUCUCCACUGAUGCUUCGGUGGAUGGAUUGAUUGAUUGAUGUGUGGAUUGUGUUGUGUUGUUCUCGA